CAAUUCUCGUUGAUUGUUAUACAUGAACCGGUAGUACAGUGUACUAUUUAGUACACUGCACUUGUCUUGCAAAACUUCCGUGUCUUCGAGGAUUAUCCGGGAGUUUGUGUCAACCAUCGUAGUCGGCACGUGCUUUGACGCCAAAAUGUCUUGGGAUGAUGAAGACUUUGAGCCGCUUAGUGUUUCCGGUGGAAUAGGGCAUGAGUGGGAAGGAGAGGACGAAGACCUCAGUAAAGUGAAGGACAGCUGGGAUGCUCCUAGCGAUGAAGAAACGAGAGAAUCGAAGCAAACAGUAACUUUAGAAAAGAAAAAACCGAAAGCAGAACGAGUAGCCGAGAAAAAGAAGGAGCGAAGACUACAUGAACAGGCGGAAGCAGAAGAAAAGAAGGAAAGCAAACGGCAGCUAACAGCAGAAGAGGAAUUCACCGAAAAACAGCGACGACGGAAACUGCAAGAAGAGUCAGACCUUAAAGUAGCACAAGAUUUGUUUGGCGAUGCAGCUAACUCAUCAGAGACGAAGGGUGCAUGUUCAAUAGAUGACAUGAAUCCAACAGAUGAUGAAGGAUUUAAGCAGCUGAGAGAGGCUUUAGUAAAGAAGAUUACUCGUUAUGAGAGAAGAUUGGAGUUUGUUUCAUUUCUGGAGAAUUUAUGUCGAGACUGCUGUGCAGGAUUGAACUCAGAGAGUGUGAGGCAAAUAGCAAGUGCUCUGAGUACGUUAGCACAAGAGAAGCAGAGACAGUCGAAGACGGGAACCAAAGCCAAAAAGAAAGGGAAAGGACCUGCUAUAGGGAAAGCGUCGGCCAAAUUUGACUAUACAGCGUAUGAUGAUGAAGUGGGAGAUGAGUUUGGAGACUUCAUGUAGUUGCUUUACAUUUCGAUUCAUAAUAGGAUAGGCUUCAAACUUACACACUUUCUGUCCGUCUUCUGUGUAGUGUAAGGCAUCGAAGCAUUUCUUACAGAAAAAGCUCGGAUCUUG